CGUGCUGCGGAAAAGUUGGAAGCACACACUGACCACACCACGGUGGACGACUACACAUGACAGGAUAAAUGCUACAGAUUAUCGGACCAGAAAAUAUUAGAUAUGAUGUCUGUAAGUGAUGCGAAGGUGAAGACGCUGACGAGCGUUCACUUUUACAAACAAUGUCUCUCGUCUUUCUGAGAGUCGGUACAUUUUAAAAACGGGAUUUUCCCCUCCAAACUUGUGCAAAGUUUUUAAACUUGUUUUACUCGGUGGCUGUUUUUUUCUCUGACUAUUCUAUGUCAGAAAGUAAAGUCUUCGUCGUAAUCUUAAAUAUGUAAAGUUGAUUCAAUGCGUACCACCUCAAGUCAGACUGUUUCUUCUCAUUGAACACAGCGCUUUACUCUUUAGCUUUGGGACAUAACAUCCGAGGAGCACUUGAAGGCAGCACGUUAAACCCCUCUUUCGCCAAACCUCCUGGAGAGCCGUGCACUGUACCAAACCUUGCCUAACCCUCCACUCAGGGCUCCAUGUGGGGGAGGAACAUGCCGAGGGACACCAGGCAGAGGACAGACACACAACACAGCGGUACUUUCUACUGCAUGGAUUAAGUGUGCUGUUUGCUUUCCUCUCCCCGAGGCGCUCAGUGUGUAAACUAGUGAAAGUUUGAUGCCCUGUGGGACUGAGCCACAAUGGAAUUUGGGAUACUCUGAAUGAACGCUGCCAAGACGUGUCUGCGCGGCUGAGACGACGAGGAGGACCAAGCGGGGAAGAGGAGUCCACGGGGCCAGGUCACCUGUCGCCAUUGAGGGCCGUCCUCUCCUGCCAUCGUGGCUUGAACCUGGGAACUCCACAUCUCGUCUUAUCUGUAGGCGAGGACUUGCCUCAUCCAAUCAUUGGUGGAACACAGUGAAUCAGGUCACCUCCAGAAGGAUGUGCUCUAAACCUGAGCAGCUGGGAGGUCGCGAGGUGACAUGCCCUUUGUAAAACACCACUGGAAACAAAUGCUCUGCUGCCAUGCCUCCGGGGAUGGCGCGUUGUCUCUCAGGGUUGGCGGUACGGACGCUGCUGUCGCUCCUUCUGCUGGCCUUUGGCUGGCCCCUCAUGUCACUGCGUAGUGGGGUUGCCCAAGGAUCCGACUCUGCCCUCUCCAGCCUUUACCCCACCUUCAUCCGGAACGACACUCUGUUUGAGCACUUGGCCCUGCACCCCGACCCCAGUGUGAGUCGAAUCUACGUGGGGGCCCGUGAUCACCUGUUCCAGUUGGACCGGUUCCUCAAGCCUGAGCUCCAGGCUGACACCGGACCGGUCACAGACAGCCGGGAGUGUUUGCCCCCCGUAACCGAGAGCAACUGCCCUCAGGCCAGGCUCACCAGCAACCACAACAAGCUGCUGCUGGUCGACCCUUAUUCCAUGGAGCUCAUCACCUGCGGGAGUGUCAACCAGGGAAUCUGCCAGAAACGCAACCUGAAUUCUGUGGACGAGGUCCGUUUCUCUACAGAGCGGCCUGUGGAUACUCAAUACGUAGCAGCUAACGACCCCAACGUUAGCACCGUGGGACUCGUGGUCCGCUCUCAUCCUGACAGGCAGCCGGUACUGUUUGUGGGCCGGGGUUACACCAGCAGCCACCCACCUAUUUCCACACGAAACCUUGCACAGGCCCCCAUCUUUUCUUAUGAGGAGACCGCCAAGUUGGCCGUGGCUGGCCGUCUCUCGGAAUACGACCAUCAUUUUGUGGCAUCAUUUGUCCACCGUCAGCAUGUGUACUUCCUCUUCUACCGGCGGGACCUAAAGUCACAGUCUCGGGAGUACCGCACGUACGUGUCUCGCGUUUGCUUGGACGACCAGGCAUAUUACUCCUAUGUGGAAGUGCCCUUGACAUGUCAUUCCAGUACAGGGAAAAUAUACAACCUCUUACAGGCCGCCCAGCUUGGCCUCACCGAGGACAGCGAGGCGACUCAAGGCUCCGAGGUUCUUCUCGCCGUCUUCUCCACCCGUUCGGCUUCAUCCACUCUGCCCAGUGAGGACUCUGGCCUCUGUAUGUUCAACCUCAAAGACGUGGACCGCAGGAUCAACUCCACCAGAGACCUGUGCUACACACAGAUGGGCAGAGAAGCCGGACUAGAAGCGGCCUACAUCGAGUAUGAGGUCAAAUCCAACUGUGCCAACCUGCCAGAGAACACUCUGAACGCAUACCCCUGCGGCUCCGACCACACCCCCAGCCCCAUGGCCAGCAGGAUGGCCUUGGAGGCGAAGACCAUCCUGGACAGCCCGUCCGCCCGUCUCACCGCCGUGGCCGUCAGCGUGAAGCCAGGACACACCAUCGCCUUCCUGGGAGACUCCAAGGGGAACCUGCACAAGGUGUACCUGGGGCCCAAGGGAGAGGUGCAGGAGUACUCCGUCAUGUCCAUUCAGCAGAACACAGCCAUUAGUUCGGACCUCAUCCUGGACCAGAAAGAGGAACAUGUCUUCAUUAUGACCCAUAACAUGCUGCAGAAGAGGCCCGUGGCUGAGUGCCAGCAGCACCCGGACUGCCACUCCUGCCUGCAGGCUCACGACCCGUACUGUGGCUGGUGUGUGCUGGAGGGAAGGUGUGUGUUGCAGUCGGAUUGUUCUCGUGGGAAGCAGCCGGGUCAGUGGCUGUGGAGCUUUGAAAUUGAGCAGCAGUGUCUCGCCAUCCAGGACCUCAACCCCUCCAACGUCAGCAGGGAGGAGAGCAGGAAGGUGUCCGUGUCCCUCCCUGGACUCCCGCUGUUGGAGAAAGGCGAGACAUACUCGUGCUUCUUCCAGGACAGCCGCAGUCCUGCCGUGGUCACCCAGACCGGGGUCACCUGCCAUUCUCCAGACAGCAGCCGAGUACCCGCUGUGCCUCCGGGACAGGACUUUGUCACAGUCACCCUGUCUCUUCGCUUUGGCAACGUCACCGUCACAGCGAGGGAUUUCACCUUCUACGACUGUACGGCUGUUAAGCAGCUGUCUGGCAGCGUGCCUUGCCGUGGUUGCGUUCUUAGCCGAUGGGGCUGUAACUGGUGCGUUCACCAGCACUUGUGCACCCACAAGCCCACCUGUGAGGAGGGGGUGAUCAUCUACAACCAACAUUUUAAACUCCCCACCUCAGCUCCUCCCACAAUCAAACCGAUAAAGGUGAUCACAACAGCCACUACCACAACGGCAACAACUAGUACCAUGGCAACCACUACAAUGGCUCCCACAACCACAACGACUCCCGCCACGACGUCAACUGCCGCUACGACGACAACGGCGGCAGCCCCUGUCACUGUGGCAACCACUCAGAAGCCAACCAAUCCUCCUCUACCCACUACCCCGCCCGUGACCGCCGUCCAGCGCGAGCCAACAGCCCCGCCCACCACCCUGCCUAUUCAGCCUGCCACCACCCUCUCAUUCACCUCCCCGGCACCCACUCUGCCUUUCGCCACCGGGAAACAAGCGGAGACUGAAGCAGGAGAGCUUCUUGUGGGCACGGACGGUACCGCUGUCACGCCAACGCCAGAGUUGGUGCCGGUCACCUUGGCUGAUGGUGUAGCUGGAGAGCCGGACCCCGUGGUGCCGUUGAUAAUCCCGCCAUAUGAGCCGGAUUCCUCCCCCCUGGAGGUGGUGACCGAAGCGCCCCCGAGCAGCACCGAGAAAGCGGAGGGAGCUUUGAGCCUGGUGGAGCCGCCCACCUCGGCCUCAUCUGGCUUCCCCCUGCCAACUUCCUUCCUCUUGGACGAGCGUGGCAACUCCGAGCCCCCUUUCUAUCUGGAAAUGACCCAGACACCCACCCUGAUGCCCACACAGGACUCCCAGACUGUGGCAGGGAUGCCAGGCACCGACGCAGACGUGCUCCUCUAUCCCAAAGAGGAAGAAGACGACGUCCACGCCAUUUCCGCUGCCACGGUUUUGUCAGGCGACGGCGAGGUCGACCACGCCCCCCCCUCCUACCCCCACCUGUUGGACACUGACUCAGAGCUGGACUAUCAGUAUGAUCCAGCAGACGCCUACCUCCCGGGGGACGAGGGCUCCUACGUCAGCUGGGGAUCUUCAGCUUGUCCCUGUGUGGAGAAGGUUCAGGGUUCAUCAUUGCUCCCUAUCAGAGUGGAGAGGAAGAUCACCUUACUGGCCCGCAACCUGCACCUGUACCAAGACACAGAGCUGGACUACGAGUGUGUGCUGGUGAUCGAGGGGCAGACUGUGGUGGUGGACGCCUACGUGGAGGCUGAUGACAUCAAUCCAUCAAACUUCGACAUCACUUGUCAACUACAUCAGUACACAUAUUUUGCUCAAGCGGAGGAAUACAAUGCCAUGGUGUAUGUAAAGAGGAGGGACACCUUUCACGUGGACAGCUCCCAUGAUUUAUCCGUGACUCUGUACAACUGCAGCGUGGGCCGCUCCGACUGCAGCCGCUGCCACACCGCCGACCACAAGUACGACUGCGUGUGGUGCGGCGGCGCUCAGGCCAGCUGCUUGUAUUCAGCCUCCUGCAGCGAACCUGUACAGCAGACAUGCCCCGCCCCCGUCAUCCACUCCAUUGAGCCACUCUCUGGCCUGCUGGAAGGUGGAACCAUGGUGACCAUCUCUGGCUCCAACCUGGGCCAGAAGGCAGAGGACAUCCUCCACUCAGUGUCAGUGGCCGGGAUCCCCUGCACGGUCAUCCCCGGCCUCUAUGAGGUCUCCUCCAGGAUUGUGUGUAGAACCAAAGCCAGCGGUGGAGAGAAGGUGGGCCCCAUGUCUGUGGAAGUGAGCGGAGGAGAGUUUGGUCUGUCCAGCCAGACGUUCAGCUACCAGGACCCGUUUGUGAUGGGGGUGACUCCUGAAAGGGGGCCCAAAGCCGGAGGGACGUCCCUAACAAUAAUCGGACGAAACCUGCUGACAGGACGUGCCUCUGACCUCACCAUCACUGUGGGAGGGGUGCUCUGUAACAUUGUGUCAGAGGUGCAGAGCUCCAGCGUUCAGUGCGUGACGGGGAGCAGCAACAAGACGGGAGACCAGCGCGUCACGCUGCAUUACGGCAGCAGCCAGCGCCACCUCCCCGCCUCCGCCUACCGCUACACCCCCAACCCCAACAUCACCCACGCCGCGCCGGCAAACAGCUUCUUGGCCGGCGGGCGGCUGAUCUACGUGUCGGGCCACGACCUGGACGUGGUGCAGGAGCCUCGGAUGGUGGUGACCGCCUCUCCCUUCGGGUCCAUCAGUCAGAAUAAGAGGAGGAGGAGGAGGAGGGGGGCGGGGAGCACUCUGGGUAGGCCAGCAAGGAUGGUGCCUGAGCCGAUCUGUCCCAGAGACCAACUCUGCUCCGUCAAACAGUUCACGGAGCGCUGUGAGGUGAACUCCUCCACCCUGAUUCUGUGUCGCUCUCCUAUGGUGGACUCCUCCAUCCAGGGGUCAAAGGUCACCACCGAGUUCCUGCUGGACACCCUGCGCUUUGACUUUAGCAGUGUGAACUCGCAGACCUUCAGCUAUGAGCCUAACCCCGUCCUGCGGCCCCUGAACCAGCAGGACCCGCUGAAGGCCUACCGCUACAACCCGGGGAGCUUCAUCCAGCUGGAGGGCGAAGACCUGGACCUGGCCAUCACUAAGGACGAGGUGGUGGUGUUGGUCGGCGAGGGUGUGUGUGCCGUUAAGACCCUGACCAGAAACCAUCUGUACUGCGAGCCGCCCCCUCAGCAGCCGGCACCAGGCCCCAACGGCAAGAGGCGCGAGGGCGCCGACAACCUGCCUGAAUUCACAGUCCAAAUGGGCAACCUGAACUUCUCCCUGGGGAAGGUUCAGUAUGACAACCUCAGCCUGUCCACCUUCCCCCUGGAGGCUCAGAUUGGAGUUGGGGUUGGAGCGUCCAUAGUAGCCCUCAUCGUCCUCAUCAUUGUGCUGAUUUACAGGAGAAAGAGUAAGCAGGCUCUGCGAGACUACAAGAAGGUCCAGAUCCAGCUGGAGAACCUGGAAACCAGCGUGAGAGAUCGCUGCAAGAAGGAGUUCACAGAUUUGAUGACGGAGAUGAUGGACAUGUCCAGUGACCUGGUGGGCUCCGGCAUCCCCUUCCUUGACUACCGGAGGUACGCCGAGCGAAUCUUCUUCCCCGGCCACCGGGAGUCUCCGCUGAGGCGGGACCUGGACGUCCAGGAGUGCCGGAGGCAGACGGUGGAGCAGGGCCUGGUGCAGCUGUCCAACCUGCUCAACAGCAAGCUCUUCCUCACCAAGUUCAUUCACACUCUGGAGAGCCAGCGGACCUUCUCACCCAGGGACCGGGCCUACGUGGCCUCCCUGCUGACGGUGUCACUGCACGGUAAACUGGAGUACUUCACCGACAUCCUCAAAACCCUCCUCAACGACCUGGUGGAGCAGUACGUGGCCAAGAACCCCAAACUGAUGCUGCGACGAACGGAGACAGUGGUGGAGAAGCUGCUGACCAACUGGAUGUCCAUCUGCCUCUAUGCUUUCCUCAGGGACUCAGCAGGGGAGUCUCUCUACAUGCUGUUCAGGGCCAUAAAGCACCAGGUAGAUAAAGGGCCGGUGGAUGCUGUGACCGGCAAGGCCAAGUACACGCUUAAUGACAACCGCCUGCUGCGAGAGGACGUGGAGUACAAGACCCUGACACUGAAUGUUUUGGUGCAGGGCGGCGCAGUGAACGAGAGUCAACCGCUGCCCGCCAAGGUGCUGGACUGUGACACCAUCACACAAGUGAAAGAGAAGCUGCUGGAUCAGGUGUACAAGGGCACCUCCUUCUCGCACCGGCCCCACGCCGACUCGCUGGACCUGGAGUGGCGCUCGGGUGUUGCUGGUCACCUCAUCUUGUCCGACGAGGACUUGACCUCGGUGGUUCAGGGCAAUUGGAAACGCCUGAACACGCUACAGCACUACAAGGUCCCAGACGGUGCAACAGUGGCACUGGUGCCUCGCCACACCAAACACAUUCACCAUGACAACCACGACUACGUAGCAGGAGAGAAGACCCCGAUGCUGGAGGACGCAGAUGAAGGGGGGGUGAGGCUGUGGCAUCUUGUGAAGGCCGGCGAGGAGCCGGAGCUGCCCAAACACCGCAGAGGCAGCCUGAGGGAGAGAGAGCGGGCCAAAGCCAUCCCUGAGAUCUACCUGACCCGCCUGCUGUCCAUGAAGGGGACGCUGCAGAAGUUUGUAGACGAUCUGUUCACCGUGAUCCUUAGCACCAGUCGCCCCGUCCCGCUGGCCGUCAAAUACUUCUUCGACCUGCUGGACGACCAGGCGGCCAAACACGGCAUCUCCGACCCGGAGACCAUCCACAUAUGGAAGACCAACAGCCUCCCACUGCGCUUCUGGAUCAACAUUGUGAAGAACCCUCAGUUUAUCUUCGACGUCCAGGCGUCGGACCACGUGGACGCCGUGCUGACUGUCAUCUCCCAGACCUUCAUGGACUCCUGCACCAUCGCUGAGCACAAGCUGGGACGGGACUCUCCCAUCAACAAGCUGCUGUAUGCCAGAGACAUCCCCCGCUACAAGCAGAUGGUGGAGAGGUACUAUGCUGACAUCAGGCAGACCAUCUCAGCCAGCGACCAAGAGAUGAACUCUGCUCUGGCAGAGCUGUCCAGGAACUACUCCGGAGAACUCAACUACCUGGUGGCCCUGCACGAGCUUUACAAGUACAUCAACAAGUACUACGACCAGAUCAUCACGGCGCUGGAGGAGGACCCCACGGCCCAGAAGAUGCAGCUGGGCUACCGGCUGCAGCAGAUCGCAGCCGCCGUGGAGAAUAAAGUCACCGACUUGUGACAGAGGAAAACACCCACGAGAGCUGCGGGGGGCGAGGGGGGGUCAACAGACGAACAGCUUGAACUGAAAAGCAGGAGAGCCACAACCCUUUCCUCUUUGAGGGGGAGGGGGUGGGAGGGAAGUGCUGACUGAGUCUUCAGUCCAGACGCUAGAAGCAGGACGGCACGCGGACACGGAACAAAUGAAAAGCCUGAGUUCCCUUCAUGAAGAGUGACUGCUCUGGCUGCCUCCUCCAGCUGCUCCACAGUCAGCUGAUCUCACGCGAAGACUCAUUCCAGUGGGAUCGAAAUGCCCCCGUUGCCCCCCAAGUCUCCCCUCUGAGUGAAUUUGAUGAAGCAGGACCACUUCUGCCUUGUGUGCUUCUCGCUGCUGUAUGGUCAGAAGAUAUUUCUUUGUGUGUGUGUGUGUGUGUGUGUGUAUGUACACCUUGUACUGUCACAUGUUCUACUAGUUCUACUGGUUGUUGUGUUUUAAGUCGGCAGUAUUCAUAAAACCUGAGUUUCCCAUUUCCCAAUCACAAAGCGUUUAGUGGUCAGUAAUCAGCCCACUGCUCUGCAGACACCGACACUACUGUGUUCACUUCAGCCAGCAGCACCAACUUGCCCUCGUUCACACGUCCAGUCCCAGCCGGACCUUCCCAUCUGCUGACUUUUUUUGACCUUCAUUGUCUCUCCUUGGAGUUAUUUGGUACUCAAACCCUCAACCGCGGGUCAGUUUACCCUAUUACUUUCUUUGCUUUUAUACUCAUUCAUGUUUCUAUAGUUACUGGAAAGAUGUUAGAGGAACAAGCAAAAAGUCCUUCCAUGAGGAGUCUCCCAAGAGCAGAAUCCUAGAGCGCACUGCAGUGUCAGCAAUUUUAUUCUAUACAUUUUUAAACAUUCCUUUUAGGUUUUAAACAGCGUAUUGAAAUCAUGGUCUGCCUUGUUCCACUCCAAGGCGAGGGCAUGGUUCUGUUAGUGAACACACCCUGGCACUGCUUGACGUGCUGGAGGUAUGUAGGGCUUGGUGACGUGUUGGUUCUGCUACGACUGGUCCAGUGGGCGCAGUCCAUCACCCGGCUCCACUUUCUCUCAGCGCAUGUACACAAGCUAAUGUUUGCUCAUGUCUCUCUUUAUGUAUGAAGCUGGUUGGACGUGGCUUCUUAAGGGCUUAUCAGGGUUGGACGUUUGUUGAUGCUGGAUCUCUUGGACUCCCGCAGGACGACCCUUCGUGGUUGGGGUUAGGGGUUCUGUUGGGUUGAUAUUUAGGUUAUGGUCAGUCAGUGCUGCAGACGCAGUGCAGAAAGCGCAGUCAGAAAGUCACCCAGCCCCUGGAAUCAGUGACCAAAAACACAUGACAAUGUAGCCUUAAGGUUUAUUACUCCAUUAUUUAACACACAAGCAACUAAUGACUCAUGUGGAGGGUUUGUUCUGUCAUACACUGUCCGGUGAGAUAGGUGUGAAAGCUCAGUCGUGAUGAAGGAAAUCCGUUUGAGGGGAAACUAUAUAACUGUCGUUAGGCUGUAUAAAUUUGGCAAUGUAGAGCAGGCUCUGCAAGGAGCAGUUAGGGAUGUUUCUUAUUGUGUGUGUUAAUAUCAUUGUAUAUACUGACUUUAAAAUGGUAACUGUAGUGUUAACCUGUUAAUUAAGAGGAAGCGCAAAUUCUCACAGAUGUGGAUGUAAUAAAAUGUUCAAAUGAG